CGGAGACCGCGAGAGGAUGGAGAAGGGCUGCACCGUUGACAGACAGGCGAAGUGAACGAGAGGUGAUAAAUAAAGAGCUGGGAUUGCUCGUUAAACGGCCUGUCACUGUCUGGCUGAUUCUGACCGACAGCUAGCGUCAGACAGCGGCUACAUGAGCUAGCCGCUGGCCAUGUCAGCUAAUCAGCUUCUGUGUCGGUAACAGGACAGCGGAAUGCCGUUUGGGAACUACCUUAUUUUAACCCCAUUAUUUAUUGGUGCAUGAGUCCUUUGGGUCCUGCAAGGAGAACCCAUGGAACCCAACAUCAUACCCUUGCACUCCUCUUCCUUGCCUCUGAUGGAUGAUGAUGAUGGUGAUGGGGAGGUGGCAUCAGAGGAGGAUGAGUCUCUUAAUUUUGCUGAUGCGACUGAGUCACCUUCUAGUUUCAGACCUCCUUCUCCAACCUCAGAACCAGCCACCCAUCAACCCAGUUGCAGCUCUAAUUGCGCAGGUGAACAAUCCCAGCCUACAUCCAAAGUGAAGCUGGAGUCUGGUAAGGCUCAGAUGGAUGUAGGACAGGAGGAUUAUAAUGCUGAACCUUCUUUGCACCUCACAAAUGGAUUUGCUGAAAGUGAACAUAACUCUGGGGCCCAUACUUCUUCUGUAGCGGGUGGUCGGUCUCCUGUGGAGGAAACGGGGUUUGCUGAUUUCACUGUGUUUACAAAGCAGACGGGACAUCCCUGGUGUUGUGGCUUCUCUCCAAUGGCUAACGCAGAGCAGGAGGAUGCGAGAGUAAAAGGGAUAAACGGCACCUUUAGUGAACAAAUACAUGAAUCAGAAGAGGAUUUUAUUAUGGAAUCUGAGCCCAGAUAUCACUGUGCACACAAAGAAAAACAAAACAUCUGCACUGAGAUCGGGGACAGGGAGAAAAGAGAUGCAGCACUUGUGCAACCAUCUCAGGUCCAUCAUCAGCCUCAGGAAGCUGCAGGAAAUUGGAGUUUUCCUUCUGUAGAGGAGGAGCUAGAUAAGCCUUGGGAUAGUCAGAGGGAAAGGAGGAAUAGCUGUAAUUCUCCUCAAACCUCUGAGGUACAGGACGAUGGAGAUGCAGAAGAAAUCUUUCAAACAUGUAGUAUGCAUGAGCCUAUGUCAGAGGACUUGGCAUCCUUCAGUGAUGAUUUGUCGUUUGAGGUUGCUUCUGCAGAUUUGGAACCAAAUGUUUCAUCCCUCGCCUCUCAAGAUGAUCAAACUGAUUGGGACCAGUUUGAUGAAGAUGAUGAAGACCUGGGAAACCGCAGACAUUCUGACUCUUUUGUGACAAACCUCAACCAGACUGAGUCAGACAGGGACGUUCAUCACUGCGAAUAUCCGACUCAGGAAAAUUCUGCUACCUCCAAACAGUCACAAUCUGGAACAAAUUUGCAAGACAGAUUUGCUGACUUUACUGACAUCAGUUUUGAGCAUCACAGACCUCAAGAAGAUCUUCAAACGGCUGAUGCAGGCGUGCGGAUUCUGGGAAAUCUCCCACUGAGUGACAGCUUUGCAGAUUUCUGCUCGGCGCCCACGCAGGAGGAUGAAGAGGGGUCGUGGGCGGAAUUCAAUGACCAGAGUGCAGAGGAUGGAAGAAGUUGGAGACCGUUCAGAGCACCAGUCAGCAGCCUGCAGACUGAUGUAGACGAUGAGGAAAAGAAUAAGCAGGACAGAGUGGAAGGAACAAGAAGGAACAGCUCUCAGGAUUCACUGCCCUGUCGUGUCCAGGAAAUCCUUCAGGCCAGUUUCCCAAAGGUAGUGGUUCCAGCUGUGGAAGAUGAGAAGGAGCUGGUUGGCCUCAGUGCUUUGCUUCAAGCUGAGCAUCUCUCUGAGAGUGGGGAGGAGGUACCAGUCCCCAGCAGUGCUCAGCGGAUUCAGCAGGAGAUAUUGAGGCCACAUCAGGAUGUCCACAAUGCAGUUGGGCUCCAGUUUCAGUGGGGGGGCUCCCAUACUAACAGGACUCUGCUCAGUUGCCUUGGCGUGGACACAAGAAACGUUGUGUUCACUGGGAGGAAUAAGCAGUCUGUGACUGUGCCUGCUUUUGCAUCCAGCCUGGGAAUGCUUGAGCCAACCAAAGAUGCUGUGCCAGCUGCCUGCUCUUCAGGAAGCACAGCUGUUACAGCACAAGUCCUUAGUACUAAUAUCAUCAACCUGUUGCCAGAAUUACUCACAGACUGUUCUGCUCUCAGUCUGGAUUACUUUGGUCCUGAGGAUGAGAGCAGGUCCAGCAGUAGCACCCAAAGCCAGAGUCCCCCUCCAGGAAUUGAUCCAGAGCUGUAUGAGUUGACCAUCAGCAAGCUGGAAAUCAACACUAACAGCAGCCACCUAGAGGACACUUUGAAUCGCCUGAUGUCCUCCGCAGAGAAGACAAGCAUUUCAGUGAGAAAAUUCCUGCCGAGUGAAGAGCUCAGUGAAGAGGCUUCCAGGGUGAUCGCUGUGCUUCCUAACUUGUCUUUCAUGCAGGCCAAGGUCCUCAUGUUCCCAAGCGUACUCCUACCCAAAGCAUGCACUUCUCCAAAAUGACAGCACAUUGUUUAUAUUUACAACAAACUGGAUUGUGAAAAUUUGAGAUAUUUUUGUUAAACACACACAGAUGGAAGAGUUCAGAACAUUUGAUAACACAACUGAUCAUUUUAAACACAUUGUGAUAUGAUUGCUUGUGUGCAGAGUUCUCUUUCCACUGUUUAUUCCAGCUGUCUGCAAAACUCUUUUAUACACUGCAGGUGAAACACUUCAGUGUAUAAAAGAGGACAAAGGACAUACCUGUGCAUCCUCGAUUGUAGCUUCUUGUAGCAAGACCUGCAGAUGCAUUUUAGGAACUGAGACAGGAGGAAGAACAGGGGACAUGAGAAGGCACAAAUUAGAGAAAUGAGAAAACCCUUUAAUCUUUCACUUGGCCUUGGCCUGCUUUCCCAUGUAUGUAGCUGAUUCAACAUGGGCUGUUUGAAGAGGUAUAGAAUAGAUAUACUACUACAUGUGAGGUCACAUGAAAUCAUAGAGACUUAUUGGGAAACGAGAGGUUGAUUUUCCUGCUUUAGUAAAAAUACUCCACCUGCUGGCUAUCCUCUGCUUUUAGGGUGAAAGUUGUGAGUAAAAAAAAUAUCCUCACAUAUAAGGAUAUUCACAUUUCAAAGCAUACCAAACUGCAAACUGCAAACUGCACUGCAGAAGAUCAGCAGGAACAGUACAGUGUGUAGAAGUAUUAUUCUCCUCAAUGUGCAGUGUUGUGAUUUAGUUUGGUUUAAUGUCCCUUUCACCCAGAUUUAUUUAGUCUGUUACAGGAAACACGUCAGUCGAAAUGGAUAUUUUUAUAUGUAUGUUGUUAUUUUUACCUAAAAACGACACACACGGUUAUUUUAAUGUAAAGCUAUAACAGACAAAUCAUAUAAAAGACAGAAAGAAUGUGAUU